GGAUGCGUGCGUGUCUUCUGCAGAGGAAAUAUAGGCUAACCCAAAGGACAACCAUGAUGAUCUUGGCAUUGCUGACACUUCUGCUGAUCACGAAUGGUUCUGCAGUGGAAACUAGUGCGACUGGCAUCGUUGGACAGACCGUAAUUCUACCUUGUGGCUGUACUAAUGUGUCUAAACUGGUAUGGCAGAAAGGUGAAACAGUAGUGAAUGGUUAUCCACAAGAAAGGAAAUCUAUAGACCAGGCUCACAUUGACAGGACUGAACUCUUCCUGGAAAAGGAGAAAACAAACUGCUCCCUUAUGAUCCUCAACAUCACUUCAGCGGAUGCAGGAGUUUACACCUGUCAUGCCUUAUUCAGUGUUUCUGACCGCAUCUGGUCGAGGAAGGAAUUAGAAGUUAAUCUAACAGUGUCUGAAAAGGAAGACGGUGGACAGCUAACCUUCUCUGGAGACAAAACUGACAACACUGUCUCUAUUAGUGUUCCCAUUGUGGUCGUGCUAAUAUUUGCUGUUGCCGUGCUUCUUACCCUACUGAUCAAAAGACGACAUCGGACAAACACGGACACUGAUUUACCAGCACAGCAGCCUAUGAUCAAAAGUGUGUGAUCUUGCUUGAAAGUAUAAUGGACUAACUUCUAUGUUGUAAUACAAGGUCCUCUACAACAGCACAGACAAUAUGAGGCCUUAGCCCUAAACACAUGUAUGUGGGCAUUACAGAGUGGUGCGUUCUGCGUCCAGACAAUCGUUGCAAUGUGCAGUCUUCAGUUGUAGCACUGUUAUACCACUGAAUUGUGAAUACACUGUGAAUAUACUUCCUGUAAACAUUAUAGUUUGUAAGAUGACAAGAUUCUCCUUGUAGGAACUGUUUAUUCAUUCUUUCAAGAACAGAUGUAAGAGGUGGGGGACGUGCAGUAUAUAUAGCAUAUUCCACCUAUUUGAGUCAUUGGUGGUCUCAUGCUUAAAAAGGCUUUUCAAAUCACUGUUUUUUAUAGUUCAUAUGUGUAUUGCAAUGAUUUAUUAAGCACACACCAUGUAAGCUUCUUUUCAUUUACUCUUGAAUGGGUUGUCUUUCUCAGCCUAUGCUGAUUUUCAUUUAUGUGGAAGAAAUAUUGCACUCCCUAUGGGAUAUGUUUGCUUUUUUUUACUCUACUAAAUUUCAUUUACUUUUAAAUGAAUUCUGCUUCAAACCUGCCGAGGCAAUAAACCUUUUACAAAUACA